CAAACCUUCUACCUAUCCGUUGCUUUUACCACCACCAACGCUUGCGCGAUUGCGAUCCUCUCCGUAACCUGAUCGACACGAAGCCUCCGCAGAGCCACCGCCGACAUGGAGAUGGUCAAGUCUAUCCUGCGCCUCGUGCAGCUCCUGUUCGUCUUGCUCACCACCGCCCUCGUGGGCAAUGUCAUCGCGAACAACGUCAACAGCGCCGGCUCGGCCGCGUCCGCCGUCAACUUCGUCAUGUUCGUCUGCGCCCUGUCCUGGAUCGCCGUCCUCUACGGCAUCGUGACGCACUUUUUCAGCUCCCUGGCCAUCCCGAUCGCUUCGCUCGCCCUCGACGGCGCCGUCACCUUGUUCACUUUCGUCGCCGCUGUCGUGCUCUCCGCGAAGCUCCAGGCCGUCAACUGCGCGAACCUAGGCCGAAAACCCAGCGACUACAUCGUAUUUGGCUCGGACAACGACGAGAAGCGCUGCCGCGAGAUCCAGGCCAGCGCCGUGUUCUUGUGGUUCCUCUUCGCCACCUUCACGGCUAGCCUCUUCUUCACCGUGAGGGAGUUCCGCCGAGCCGGCGGGUCGGUUUCGCGUCCGAGCAUGUCCCAGAUCGGCGUGUAAGCCAGAGAUCGGAUCACC